AUGGAGGAUCUUCGCUCACGCACGGAAAAAUGUGAGGUGGUCAGGAAACAGCUAGACGAAUGGUAUAACGGAAGAAUAAGGGUUGAAGCGGAGCUUUCCAAGUUAGCUUGGCACUUUGAGAAAUGGGGACAGGAAUCCGAAUCACCUACUGGUGGUUCACCUGUUGGAAAAUCCAAGAACUCCGGAGCUAAAGAGGGGAACAUCACGAAAUGGAUGGACUUUGUUGUGGGGCUUCUGGAGAACGAUAAGAUCCUAUCAGACAAACUCUUCAACUCAAUCACAGAGCUUCAGACUAACGAAGCUGUACUUUCUUUUAAGAUACAUUGUGGUAUCUUCAAUGGAGAAGGACGUAACUCGCCAACGGAGAGUCGUCCCAGGAACAAUAUGAGGGAAGGUAGCUACAGUCGGGAGAACGUAGAAUUUCUUCUUCGCCAGGAGGUCAAGACUCCCCUUCUUUUGAAUGCGAUCGGCACAUUGGCCAUUUCUGUACCGUGGAAUCUUGCAGAGAUAGUGAAACGUAUCAAAGAUCUUGCUGGCGCGGAUCGUCGCUCUCGUUGUGAAACUGCUAAGGUGCUCCACGUGUUUGCUGCUUCCGCCAAAGUUCAGCGUGAAGAAGUACGCUCCUCUAUCAUGGAAUAUUUGGAGGAGUAAUCAGUUUCGUUUUACUGAUGAGGUGCUCCAGAAAUUGUUUGUCUGUGCUAUAUAUUCUACAUAUCAGCUUAUCUGCAUUCAUUUUAUACCCUAGCAUUUUGCUUUAGUUUAUCCUUACAAAGUGCAU